AUGCCGAUUUUAUGCCAACUGAAUAUGCCCACGAGGAAGAUUGUGGCCUUGAUGGCAAUCUUUGGGACAGGUAUCAUCGCUUGUAUCGCCCCCGUCGUUCGCUUCAGCACUUUAGAUUACCUGCGAAUAGGCACCACAGACCUCACCUAUGACUCAGCUUCGUCUUUAUACUGGAUGGCGAUCGAGUUCAAUUUAGGCCUUGUUGCUGGCUCUCUCUCAUCUCUAAAGCCGCUUCCCGUCUUCCGCCGCUUCGGGUCGAGCGCAGGCUCAAAGUACAAAGAGUCCACCGCCAGAGGUACGCCACAUGAGCUUGGUGCCAUGAGCGGGAGUGAUAUAAAACAUAUCAGGGAUAAAAGCCAUGGUUUAGGCAUGGGAACAACAAUCUUGGCGGAAAGUGUGAACGAGAGCCAAGAGCGCAUCUUCCCGGCCGCGUGA